ACUGGCUUGGACAAAUGUCGUCAGAACUACAAACGCGUUCGGGAAAUUCCUUUUACCUCAGGAAUCGAAGUGGAUGUCUGUGCAAUGCGAUUAUAACGGCCAAACAGUUUUCUUCGUGAAAGGUGCGCUCGAUCGUGUGAUGCAACUUUGUGAUUCCUAUUUAUCAGCUGACGGGAUGCGGAAGCCUCUCGACGAUUACGUUCGGCAGAGGAUAUCAGAUGGAGGACGUGGAUUAGGCGCGACUGGUUUGAGAGUGUUGGCAAUGGCCCGUGGUGACACCAUGCAGUCACUAAUGCUGGUGGGAAUGGUAGGCAUGCUCGAUCCACCACGACAAGGUGCAGCCGAUGCCAUUUCCAUGGUACGAGCCAGCGGUGUCGAUGUGAAGCUGAUCACUGGCGAUGCACAGGAGACAGCGCAAAGCAUAGAAGCGGCCGAUAUGAUCCUGUGCGAUGAUGAUUUUUCUACCAUGACGGCAGCAAUUGAGGAAGGCAAAGCCAUUUACCAUAAUAUUACUAAUUUCGUUCGGUUCCAGCUCAGCACGAGCGUAGCCGCGUUGUCCCUAAUCGCUGCUUCAACCAUGUUUCACUUUGAGAAUCCGUUGAACGCGAUGCAGAUCCUCUGGAUUAAUAUUAUUAUGGAUGGACCACCAGCGCAAAG